GUCACGUGGGGCGGCCGGUGUUGUGGCGGCGGCGCCGCCCCCCCCGCGCUCCCGCCGCGGCGGGCGGUUUUAUAGCGCCGCUUGCCGCGCCCGCCCGCGCCGCCCUCGCCGCCGCCCUCGCCCCGCGCCCGCCCGCCCGCCCGCCCCGCGCGGCGUGGGCCAUGCCGCUGGUGCGCUACCGCAAAGUGGUGAUCCUGGGCUACCGGGCCGUGGGCAAAACCUCCCUGGCUCACCAGUUCGUGGAGGGGAAGUUCGUGGAGUGCUACGACCCCACGGUGGAGAGCACCUACAGCAAGAUGGUGAUGGUGGGCAAGGACGAGUUCCACCUGCAGCUGGUGGACACGGCCGGGCAGGACGAAUACACCAUCCUGCCCCACUCCUUCGUCAUCGGCAUCCACGGCUACGUGCUGGUGUACUCGGUGACCUCGCUGCGGAGCUUCCAGGUGGUGAAGACGCUUCACAACAAGCUGUACGAGAGCAGGGGGAAGACGCGCAUGCCCGUGGUGCUGGUCGGCAACAAGGCGGACCUGUCCCUGCAGAGCCGAGAGGUGAAGACGGACGAAGGCAAGAAGCUGGCGGCGUCGUGGGGGGCCAUCUUCCUCGAGUCCUCGGCCAAGGAGAGCCAGGCGACCCAGGGCAUCUUCACCAAGAUCAUCGAGGAGAUCGACCGCGUGGACAACUCCUACGGCAGGGAGCACAGCUGCCUCCUGAUGUGAGCCGCGAGGGCGCCGAGCCCCCGCGGGACCUGCCGGGGGCUGCCGGGUCCCGCCGCCGCGCGGGUGCCCCCCCCACGGCCGCUUUGCACAGGCGUCGGGGUCGGUGGUGGUCACGGAGGCGGAGGGGGCCUCGCCGGUGGGAGCCGCCGCCUCGCCCCACGCACGAGCACGCGGAGCCGUUCCCGGGCUCCGCUCCCCGCCAUGCCGCGGGGCUCUUCCAGCGCCGGCCCGGGGCUGAGCCCGGCUGCCGCCUCCCGCCAUCGUCCUGCCGCGGCGGCGCGGGAGCUGAAUAUGGCGCUUGUUCGCGGCACUGGGCGGCGAUUCUUCCCGGCCGCGCUGGCAGCGGCGGCGUGUGGGAGUCGGGACGCUGGACGCGAACAAUUCCACUCUGUGCUGCGGGCGAACCCCCUUGGAGCCCGGCCCGGGCCGGCCGGCACCGGCGGAGGAAGCGGCCCUGGGGGGGCCGGGGGGCCGAUCCGCCCCCGCCGGGGCUGGUUCCCACGGGGGAAGGAGCAGGGUGCUCCCCCCGGCGCCUUGCCCUGGGCUGAGCCCGCAGGCAGCCGGGCCGCGGGUGAGCGCAGGGGUGGGGGGGCUCUGCGCUGCCGGGGCGCCCAGGCCCUGGUGCGGGGUGCUGGGGUCCCCCCCAGGCUCAUCUCCCCCGGGAAAGGCUGCUAGCACCCAAAUUGGUAAAUACAGUAAGCAAAAAGGCACCGUGAGCUGCACGCAGGGGACGGGGGGGUGCAAGGGGGUCUUGGGGGGCCCCUGGGGACAGGGCUGUGCCCCACAUUGGGGAUUGUGCCCAGGGCUGUGGACGGGUCUCCGGCCGGCCGGCACGGUCCCGGCUGCGCGCCAGGGGCCUGGGGCGGCUGCGGGGCAGGGGGUGCGGGCGCCCCGGGGAGGCGGCACCCGAGGGGGCCGGAGCCGGGUCCGCUGGAGGCCCCGGGGUGCCGGCACCGGCCGCGCCGCGCUCGCCUCCUGCCCUCUCGUGGCCGCCGCGGCGGUGCCUGCGCCCGUGGUCCUCGCCGGGUGCCGAGGGGCCGCGCGGGGCUGGGAGCGGGGCAGGGUGGUGCUGGACCCUCCAUGAGGGCUGGGUGGGAGGCAGGCAGCCCCCCCCCCCCCCACCAGCUCUGCAGGGCCCCAACGGCCCAGGGCGAGCUGCCCCCCCAUGCCAGGGUGGGUGCUGGCCCCGUGGGGCUGCCCUGGACAGGCACCCCCAGCCCCAUGGCAUCGCGGGUGGCACGGCCCCGGGGGGCUCUGCCAGGACGGCCAGGGCCAAAUCUCUCCCGUUCCCCCUGGGGGGGUCCCUGCUCGCCCCACAGCAUCCUGCCCUGCCGGGGGGCUUAGCUGGGGGUCGUAUCCCCCCGGCCGGGGGGCUGGCUCCUCCGAAAGCGGCUGGGGGCCGUGGGGCAGUGGGCGCUGGGGCCACCGAGCCCCACACAUGUGGCCGGGCCCCGCUCGUGCCACCCCGGCAGGCCAGGCCGGGCCUGGCAGAUGGAGGCUCGGCUAAUCCCGGUGCUGCGGCGCGCGGGCAGCCGGGCCGGCCGCGGCCCUAAUCUGGCUCAGCCGCGGCGGGCGAAGCCUCGCCGGCUCCUCGCCCGCCGCCCUCGGGGUGCGGAGGCGAUGGAGGCGGCCAUGGGGCACGGGGCCGGGGCCGGGGCCGUGGGGCUGCGGCGGUCCCUUGGCGGGUGCCGGCGCCCCUCGCUGCCCCCCCGUGCCGCGGUGCCGGGCCCGGGGCUCCCCGGCAGGCGCGAGCGGAGCAGCAAUAAAGCAGAGCGCGGCAGAGCGGA